AUGGUUCGACAGGCCAUCAGAAAGCGGUUCCCUGAGGAGGUGAACGUCCUUCAUGCAGACCUAAGAUUUAAUAGGAUUAAAGAAAUCCAGCCUGGAGAGUUUAGACGGCUUAAAAACCUGAACACACUGCUUCUAAACAACAAUCAAAUUAAAAGAAUACCUAGUGGGGCAUUUGAAGACCUUGAAAAUCUGAAAUAUCUCUAUUUGUACAAGAAUGAAAUCCAGUCAAUUGACAGGCAAGCAUUUAAAGGACUUGCCUCUCUAGAACAACUGUAUCUGCACUUUAAUCAAAUAGAAACGUUGGAACCUGAAUCCUUUACCCAUCUUCCAAAACUUGAAAGGCUAUUUUUGCAUAACAACAGAAUAGCUCAUUUGAUUCCUGGAACAUUUAGUCACUUAGAAUCUAUGAAGAGACUGCGUUUAGAUUCAAACGCUCUUCAUUGCGACUGUGAAAUCCUGUGGCUGGCAGAACUUUUGAAGACGUACGCGGAAUCGGGUAACGCUCAAGCAGCAGCUACCUGUGAGUACCCGCGAAGGAUCCAGGGAAGAUCAGUGGCCACAAUAACACCUGAAGAACUCAACUGUGAGAGGCCAAGAAUUACAUCAGAGCCUCAGGAUGUGGACGUUACCUCAGGGAAUACAGUGUACUUCACUUGCAGAGCUGAAGGCAAUCCUAAACCAGAAAUUAUCUGGCUUCGAAACAAUAAUGAGCUCAGUAUGAAAGAAGAUUCCCGUCUAAACUUGCUGGAUGAUGGCACGUUAAUGAUUCAAAAUACGCAAGAAACAGACCAGGGUAUUUACCAGUGCAUGGCAAAAAACGUGGCUGGCGAAGUGAAAACUCAGGAAGUUACUCUUAGAUACUUUGGGUCACCAGCCCGGCCAAGUUUUGUGAUUCACCCACAAAAUACCGAGGUAUUAGUUGGAGAAAGUGUUACUCUGGAAUGCAGCGCAACUGGGCACCCUCAGCCACGAAUUACAUGGACCAAGGGCGACAGAACCCCUUUACCAAGUGACCCUCGCAUCACAAUAACUCCCUCAGGAGGACUUUACAUACAAAAUGUGAAGCAGGAAGACAGUGGCGAGUAUACGUGUUUUGCAACUAACAGUAUAGAUAAUAUCCAUGCAACUGCAUACAUCAUAGUCCAAGCUCUACCUCAGUUUACUGUCACUCCUCAAGACAGAACAGUGAUUGAGGGACAAACUGUUGACUUCCCUUGUGAAGCACAAGGCUAUCCCCAGCCUGUUAUUGCCUGGACGAAAGGAGGAGGCCAGUUGUCUGUUGACAGAAGACAUUUAGUUCUGUCCUCUGGAACCUUAAGGAUUUCCAGGGUUGCUCUGCAUGAUCAGGGACAAUACGAAUGCCAAGCUGUCAAUAUUAUAGGAUCUCAACAAACUGUUGUAUACCUGACAGUGCAGCCUAGAGUGACUCCUGUAUUUGCUAGCGUUCCUAGUGACAUGACAGUAGAAGUUGGCACCAAUGUUCAGAUUCCAUGCAGUGCUCAAGGAGAGCCGGAGCCAGUAAUUACGUGGAAUAAGGAUGGGGUACAGGUAACUGAAAGUGGAAAAUUUCAUGUUAGUCCAGAGGGAUUUCUUACUAUUCGUGAUGUUGGAACAGCUGAUGAAGGUCGUUAUGAAUGUGUUGCCCGGAAUAGCAUUGGAUACUCCUCUGUCAGUAUGGUGCUUAGCGUUAACGUUCCUAAUGUCAGUCGAAAUGGAGAUCCAUUUGUACAGACAUCAAUUGUGGAAGCAAUUGCAACCGUUGACAGAGCAAUAAAUUCAACACGAACGCAUUUAUUUGACAGUCGUCCUCGCUCGCCAAAUGAUUUACUAGCCUUAUUUCGAUACCCAAGAGAUCCAUACACUGUUGAGCAAGCAAGAGCUGGGGAAAUAUUUGAAAGGACAUUACAGCUUAUUCAAGAUCAUGUACAAGAUGGUCUAAUGGUUGACCUGAAUGGAACAAGUUAUCACUAUAAUGACCUUGUAUCCCCACAGUACUUGAACCUAAUAGCUAAUCUCUCAGGCUGUACAGCUCAUCGGCGAGUGAACAAUUGCUCAGAUAUGUGCUUUCACCAGAAGUACAGGACACAUGAUGGAACUUGCAACAACCUGCAGCAUCCAAUGUGGGGUGCUUCUCUGACAGCCUUUGAACGUCUGUUAAAAUCAGUCUAUGAAAAUGGAUUUAAUUUACCUCGAGGAAUUGAACCCAAGAGACUCUCCAAUGGAUACGCACUCCCAAUGCCUCGCUUGGUUUCAACUACUCUGAUUGGAACUGAAACGAUAACUCCUGAUGAUCAGUAUACUCACAUGUUGAUGCAGUGGGGUCAGUUUCUUGACCAUGAUCUUGACCUCACAGUUGCCGCACUAAGCGAGGCCAGAUUUUCGGAUGGUCAACACUGCAGUUCAGUUUGUACAAACGAUCCUCCAUGCUUUUCUAUCAUGAUACCACCAAAUGAUCCCAGAGUUAGAAACGGUGCACGCUGCAUGUUUUUUGUGCGCUCCAGUCCAGUUUGUGGAAGUGGCAUGACAUCUCUCCUAAUGAAUUCUGUGUACCCGCGAGAACAAAUCAACCAGCUCACUUCAUAUAUUGAUGCAUCCAAUGUAUAUGGCAGUUCAGACCACGAAGCACUAGAAAUCAGAGACUUGGCAAGUCAAAGGGGUCUUCUGAGACAGGGCAUUGUACAGAGAUCUGGCAAGCCUCUUCUUCCGUUUGCUACUGGUCCACCAACAGAGUGUAUGAGAGAUGAAAAUGAGAGUCCAAUUCCUUGCUUUUUAGCUGGUGAUCAGCGUUCUAAUGAACAACUGGGUCUUACCAGUAUCCAUACAUUGUGGUUUAGAGAACACAACAGAAUUGCCACAGAGCUACUGAAACUCAAUCCGCAUUGGGAUGGUGACACAAUAUAUCAUGAAACACGUAAAAUUGUUGGUGCAGAAAUGCAGCACAUAACAUUUAGUCACUGGCUGCCUAAGAUCUUUGGAGAGGUAGGCAUGAAGAUGCUUGGCGAAUAUAAAGGUUAUGAUCCCAGUGUUAAUUCUGGCAUAACUAAUGAGUUUGCAACUGCCGCUUUUAGGUUUGGUCACACACUCAUUAAUCCUUUUCUGUAUCGGCUGGAUGAAAAUUUUGAACCUAUUCCACAAGGCCCUCUACCUCUUCAUAAGGCAUUCUUCUCUCCAUUUCGGAUUGUAAAUGAAGGAGGCAUUGAUCCACUUCUAAGGGGAUUGUUUGGUGUUGCUGGUAAGAUGCGUGUCCCAUCACAGUUACUCAAUACAGAAUUAACAGAAAGACUCUUCUCGAUGGCACGUACUGUGGCUUUAGAUCUGGCAGCUAUGAAUAUUCAGAGAGGCAGAGAUCAUGGAAUUCCUCCCUACCAUGAUUUUAGAGUUUACUGUAAUCUUUCUUCAGCUCAGACUUUUGAAGAUCUGAAAAAUGAAAUUAAGAAUCCUGAAAUCAGGGAGAAACUUAGCAGGUUGUAUGGCUCACCACUGAACAUAGAUCUAUUUCCCGCUCUAAUGGUAGAAGACUUAGUUCCAGGAAGCCGCCUGGGGCCGACUUUGAUGUGUCUGUUAAGCACACAGUUUAGGCGUAUUAGGGAUGGAGACAGGUUAUGGUAUGAGAACCCAGGUGUGUUCACUCCUGCUCAGCUCACUCAGAUCAAGCAGACGUCUCUUGCCAGAGUUUUGUGUGACAAUGGUGACAACAUAACCAGGGUACAACGUGAUGUCUUUAAGGUGGCUGAAUUCCCGCAUGGAUAUAGUAGCUGUGAAGAUAUUCCUAAGCUGGACCUCAGGAUGUGGCAAGAUUGUUGUGAAGACUGUAGAACUAGAGGACAGUUUAAUGCGUUUUCAUAUCACUUUCGGGGAAGACGUUCUCUUGAUUACAGCUUUCAGGAUGACAAGCCCUUAAAGAAAAUGAAAAUGUCUAAAACAGUAAGUUCUGUGAAACGGAGUAAAUAUUUUCAUAAUGCCACAUCGGCAUCUGAUGAAAACAGAAACAUGCCCAUAGUGAAUGACUUCAAAGAAUUUGUUUUGGAAAUGCAAAAAACUAUUUCAAGCCUCAGAAACCAGAUAAAAAAACUUGAAUCACGCCUCAGUAAAACUGAUUGCACUGAUGAAAAGGGUAAAUCAUAUUCCAGCAAUGAAACCUGGAAAAGGGACCCUUGCACUGUGUGUGAAUGCAAAGUUGGUCAGAUUACCUGUUUUGUAGAAUCAUGCCCACCAGCUGAUUGCGAAGCACCUGUUAAAGUUAAAGGAGAUUGCUGUCCAGUCUGCUUAAAACAAACUAGUAGUAAAAAGAAGAAACCAUAAGUCUUCUUUUUAAGAAUUUAGGGUGCAUCCUCAUCAAAUCAUAUCAAUGCCUGCUGAUGGCAAAAACAGGUAACUACAGGCUUAAAAUAACAGCAAGAAACCAAGAUUUGCAAGACAACAUUCUAAUGGUGCUGUAACAGUGUAAGAUAAUGUAUCAUUUUAUUAUCUGCCCAUAAAGGUAAUCACAAUGCAAAACAUAUCGAAAGGGAAAUAAGCAAACAGGUCAACAUUAAUUUUGUGUUAAACUUCUCAGGUUAGACAAAUCCAACUGGUGCUACUUUAAAAGAACACUGUCAAGUAGGUUUAGGCUUCCAAAAUGACCUGGCUUAAGAUUUAUUUACUCUGAAAAGAGCACUUCCCAUCUAUAAAAAAUUCGGGACAGUAAAAGUUUAGUCUCCCUCUUUAGUAUCAGUCUAACUUGAUGUGUAGCUCUUUGUUAUUAUUUAGUGAAUGCACAGAAAAAGAAAAGAUCACUGUGCCCAGAACAAUGCCAUAUAGGGCCAGUUUCUGCAAAUCACCUACACAUGGACCUCCUGUAGAAUCACACUGUUAGUUCUGCACGUGGACAAGGAAGGAAACAGAGGAAACUACAUGGCACAUUUCAACAUCCUUUUAUAAUAAUUCAAGGAGGAAAAUUAAUCAUCAUUUUCAAAAAACCCUCUAGAAUUAGUUGGGGAAUAUAAACAAACACAAUUGAGAGUUUAAAAAAAAAAAGCAGCAAUUGAAUGUAUAUCACAGAUGUAUUUGACAGUGUUCCUCACUUUAGGGAAAACAGAUGACAGAGUAGCAUUUGAUCUUAAAAUGAACGUAUUCUUUUUUUGUCGAAACAUAUGUAAUUGCUUGGCAACUUUUUUUUCAUUUAUUUUAAAUCAUUGUAACAUGACCAUCCAGUCCCGUUUGUAAGCAUGCUUCUCUUGAUCUCAGAUAUAUGUAUGGCCCUGUUUUGAAAAUGUGAAAACAUGUCACAUGCCAUUUUGUAUACAAAGAUACCUACUGAUUCAUUGUACAUAUUGUCAAUAGACAUAUGUUCCUGAUUAUUUUGUGGCACUGUUUGUGGGGGAGGGGGGGGAAAUCAAAAUGAAGCAUCAUGAUUAAUCGUGGAUUGACUACUUUUUCUGACAAGGUAUUUGAUUUUUUUUUUAAGGUUUUUUCCAGUUUCUUCUAAUGCAUAUAUAUUUUUACCUCAAUAUUUUUAUCAUUCAUGUUAGAAAUGGUCUGCCAAUGGACUUUAUUUCCCAUUUAAUAAAUAUUUAACAUUAUAGAGUAUAUGUCUAUGCUAGCAUUUCAAAGUUUUAUACUUUUUGGAAUACAAACUGCAUAUUUUUGACCAGGAAUUAUAUGUUAUAUUCAGUGAAGGACAACUAUCAUACCUCAUUUUACAGGUUUUUUUUGUUUAUUCAUAAUUGAUUUUCUCCCUAAAUAUUUAAUAUUUUAGAAUUUAUGGCCCAGUCCUUAAGUCCCAAGUCAUGUUUAACUAGAAACAGAACUCUUUAGUUAUUCAGUUCACUGACUUCUGAAUUUGUUAUUAGAAUUUAUGGGGCAGAGAUUUAUUUAUCAAAGAAAUCUGCACAGCAUUAAACUUUAAUGUGUUAAAAAUUUCAAAUUGUAGAAACAAACUGAAUACUUAAUUCUUGCACGGUAAAUCAAAUGCCUUUCUAGUAACUAACCUAUCACAACGAUAUGAGUUCCACUAUAAUAUUUUGGCACAUAAUUUCUGUGAUUACUAACAUUAAUAAUUUCUGAUUUGAUAAACUGAUUCCAUAACACACAUUCAAACUUUGCUGUAUCUUUAAAGCUUACUACAGAACCUUGUUUCAUAGUAUAGUAAGAACAAUCUCUGCAUGUGAGCGGUGUUUUACAGAUGUGUGGUAGAGGUACACGUGAAACUGCAAUUUAUAUUUUUAAGAAUAUUUUAAUUGAUUUUAUAUACAAGGUCAUGAUUUAUGUAAUUUUCUAUUUUAAUACUUUUAGAAAUUGUAUGUGGCGAGCAUGUAUGAGUAUCAUACUGUUUCUAGAGGUCAUCAUUCCUGUAUUAAUCUUUGAUACUCUAGUAUUUUCUUGACUUUUGUUGAAAGUCCAAACCACAUGUCUCGUACUGUAAGUCCAACUCAGAUGGAGCUCCCAUUGACCUAAGCAGGAAUUCCUCAAAGAGGAAGGAAUGCAGAGUUAAACCAAAUAUAAUUUAACUGUCUAAACAGUUAUAUAGAUCAGUAAUACCUCCUGUUGGUUACUACUUACUUAUUCCAAUUUUAUAUUAAAUAAACUUGCUCAAGAUUUCAGCAUAUAGGAGAUGAGAGUUUCCAUUUAUACAUAAUAAAAUGGUACCGUAUACCUGAUUGUUCCUUUUCUCCAGUUUCCAGAAUAAAAUGAGGUUUUUUUUUCAUUGUUCAGUGUUUAUUCAAGUGGUAUAUAAAAGGGGCUAAAGAGUCUGAAUAUGCUUAAACAAGUCUAAUAUUGAGUUAUCUUCGUUAUCCGUCUGAUUACAAAGCAUUCAGGAAAAACAGGUCUUUAUCCACAGUUUAAAAUGUACUCAGUCAUGGAUUGUGCUAAUUCAGUUUUACUGCAGUGUCUGCAGAAUCAGCAUUGAUUUUAGCAUUUCUGAGACAGUGGCCAAUGGCUAGAUGACCAAUUCCCUCAGUAUCCACUGUGAGAAUAUUGCUGUAAUAUGUUGCAAAUUUCACAUAUUUAUUUUCUUUUUUUAAUGUUACCUAAAGCAAAAUCUUUGUUAUUUUUAUUUUAAUCAGUACAUUUACCAAAGAACUGUUUGCACUGUGUAAUGAAUACUUU